AUGGCACUAAAGAUGCUGACAGCUGCCAGAAGCACUAUGAAGGCAAUUUUCCAAUGCCCCAUCCUCACCCAUCCUUGGGAGAAUUUAUUUGCCCAUGAGCCACCGCUGAGGAGCAUCUCUUGUCAUCAAACAAUUCUUUCAUCACCCACCUACAGUGGGCAGCACACAGUGACUAUGAUUCCCGGAGAUGGCAUUGGGCCUGAACUUAUGGUACAUGUCAAGACUCUGUUCAGUUAUGCAUGUGUACCUGUGGACUUUGAGGAGGUGAAGGUGAACUCCACUUCUAGUGAAGAGGACUGGAAGAAUGCCAUCAUGUCCAUCCGUCGCAAUUGCAUGGCCUUGAAGGGCAUCUUUGAAACUGACCAUAACCUGCCACAAGGUCACAUAUCCUGCAACAACAUGAUUCGUACCACCCUAGAUCUCUAUGCCAAUGUCAUUCAUUGUAAGAGUCUGCCAGGUGUGGUGACCCGGCACAAGGACAUAGACAUCAUUAUCGUUAGGGAAAACACGGAGGGUGAGUACAGCAACCUGGAGUACGAGAGUGUAAGAGGAGUGGUGGAGAGCCUAAAGAUCAUUACUAAGGCCAAUUCUUUACGCAUCGCUGAAUAUGCUUUCCAGCUGGCCCAGAAGAUAGGGCGCAAGAAAGUGAUGGCUGUGCACAAAGCCAACAUCAUGAAGCUGGGCAAUGGCCUCUUUCUCCAGUGCUGUAGGGAGGUAGCAUCCCACUAUCCGCAUAUUACCUUUGAGAACAUGAUUGUGAACAAUGCCACUAUGCAGCUGGUAUCCAAGCCCCAGCAGUUUAAUGUCAUGGUGAUGCCCAAUCUUUAUGGCAACAUUGUUAACAAAAUCUGCACAGGGUUGGUUGGGGGAUCAGGCCUUGUGCCUGGAGCCAACUAUGGCCACAUACAUGCAGUAUUUGAGACAGCUGCAAUGCAAACAGGAACAAAUCUAGCCAAUAAGAGUGUUGCUAACCCUACUGCCAUGCUGCUGGCAAGUUGCCUUAUGCUGGAUUACCUCAAUCUCUACUCCUGUGCUACCUCAAUUCGCAAUGCAGUCUUGGCAUCCAUCGGUAACAAAGAUUUCUAUACCCCAGACAUUGGAGGCCAGAGUACCACAAUGGAGGUCAUGCAAGACAUCAUGAGCAACAUCCGUACCUAA